AUCGGUAGUGGCGUGCGUGAAGUGGGUGACGCGGUGACCGAAGCAGACAGACAUGCAGUGGGUACGGUACCUCAUACUCGCGUCGGUGCUCCUGCUGGCGACGGUGGCGGAGGCAGAGCGGAAGAGACCUGGCAGAGCGAGACAUUCGGGAAAGGGGAAUAAGAAAAAUAGAGACUCUGAGAUGCAAAGGGAAGCUGAAUACCCUAAUGAAACAAAGGCAGCAGAGCAGACCUACCAUGAGGCUCACCUCCGUCACCAUCGUCUUCCGGCGCCGUCGCCGCCGUACUGUUGCGAUCAGUUGGAAAUUCGGAAGAACCUUAGAAUAGAGCAGAUAAAAGAUCGUGUUCUUAGAGCCACAGGCCUGCUAACACCUCCUAACAUGACCGGUGUAGUGAUAUCUCAAAAUCCCAACAUCCAAGGCAUUAUCGAAUCCAUGAAUACAACAGAACCGCAACCAACUUAUAUGCAAGAACCACCCUACAAUGAUGACGAACCGGAAAUCAAAACCGAGAAGAUCUUUUCUCCAGUAGAACCAGGUAACAACUACACUUCACAAUCAGCGCCUCCGCCCGAGAUCCGCAUUCCCGAUGGCGUGGAAGUGUUGUACUUCAAGCUGAACCAGGAACAGCUCAACACGAGAGUCAAGCGAGCCAUCCUGCACGUGUGGCUCAAACCCAUCACGUCGGAGUUAGAUCGCAUCGUGCCAAUUUCAGUGUUCAAGGUGACAAGGCCUGAAGACCCAGAGGAUUACAUCAUACUCCAUGAAGUGACGACGGUGUCCGAAUCCGUUGAUGCCCGGGAUGGGAACUGGGUGAAGAUCGGCGUUUAUAAACUACUACAAGAAUGGCUCAACAAUCCCUCUGACAACCUCGGGCUGGUAGUCACUGCAAAUGACUCCGAAGGCCGACGGGUAGCAGUCACGAAUCCCGUGGAGAAUCCCUCUAAUGCGCCGUUGCUGGAGAUCCACACGGAAGAGAGCAGAAGGAACCGCAACAGAAGGAACUCCAGCCGAAACCAAUGUACUACCAGCCAGAUCGAGUCCCGCUGCUGUCGGUAUCCACUCCUUGUCAAUUUUGUUGAAUUAGGUUGGGACUUCAUUGUUGCCCCUAAGGUAUAUGAAGCUAACUUUUGCAAUGGCGAGUGCCCUUAUCUAUACGCCCACAAGUAUGCCCAUAGUGCGUUGAUUCAGAAGAUGAAUAGCACUAAUGCCAAGCACGGUCCGUGCUGUGGUGCGCGCAAGCUCUCUCCGAUGAAAAUGCUGUAUUACGAUCAUGAUCAUAAAAUCAAAUUUGAUACCAUCCAAGACAUGGUUGUAGAUCGUUGCGGAUGUUCUUAAUCUAUUAUUCAUGCUGUGUCCUGCAGUUCGCUUUAAUAUGUUUGUUUUUUUCGAAACUGCCAGCAAAAAUAUAAGAAAAAUUAAAACAAAAAAAAAAGGUCGACAGGGAGAGAAAUAAGUGUUAUUCAAGCAUACAGUUCAUAUUACUAAAAGGCACCCUAAUCAAUGUAUUUUGUAAUCUUGAUAAUUUCAACACAAAAUUAUCAACGCCUUUCAAUAAUGUUUUAAAUUUUAAAUGAUAGCUGUACCAGGAAAUGACAAAAUCAAAUUUCUCAAAUGGAUAACUGAAUCGCCAUUAAUUUGUAGUCCGUAGAGUCCAAAUUGCACACAGACGCUGAAAGUGACGCUUUUUAACUAUUAAAUUUAUUUUUGGAAGAAAAAUUAAGUUAGUUAUUCAACAGGCGUAUUGCAUUAAGACACUGGGUAUCACAAUAAUUAAACACAGAUUUCAGUAAAGAUAUAAAUACGAUAGUGCUAUGUAUAUUACAUGAACAAUGAGUAAGAGGGCCAAAUCAAGCCCUAAAAAAAUAACUAUAUCAAAGGCCAACGUAGGAAAAUACAAGAAUAUGCAUCAAGCCACCCUUCAAAAUGCUAUUAAAGUAGAAUUCUAGAUUUAAAAAAUAGAGAUGGGAAAUUGGAAGUGUUAUAUUUAUUAAAUGGUGGGAUUUUUACAAAAAUACAAAAAAAAAUAGUUAUAUGACUUAAAGAUGACAUAACCCUAUUGGUAAUGGGACCACAUGGACCGCUGAAAUAUCGGGACCACUUGAACCAACAGGGUAAUGGGACCACUUAAGAGUUCUGUAACCAUAGUAUUGCAAUCUUAGAGAAUUGGGGCCACGCGGAACUCCUAUAGGUAAACACCAAAAAUCCCUUGAAAUUACUACGAAAAUUAUUAAAAUCCAUCAUUGAACGUAAUGGAUAUUAGUUAACUGAAAGCUGCCAAGUAUUCAGCAGCUCUGUUUAUCAUAAUGUUGAAAUGUACUUAUCUAUGCGCAAGACGUCUCUACGCUUACGAUGUGUUGAACAAAAAUCAGAAUCAUCUAUCGUAACAGGGGAUAUUGCGUUAAUCUCGCUCGCUCGUUAUAUGUUAUACUAACUAGAAGAAAUAUGUUUACUAUUGUUUCCAGUAUGAUUUAUCAUUUAUAAAUAUAUACGUACAUAUAUGUAUAUGUACAUAUACGUAUAUAUGUAUUUGUACUGUGUCUGUUAUACAUAUAUACAUUAUAUACAUCUUA